AUGAUCCAGGAAUGUUACAAGGACGUGAGAGUUAAGAGCACAGUGGGCAUGACGGAACACUUCGAAGUAAAGGUCGGCUUGCACCAAGGAUCGGCACUUAGCCCACUGCUAUUUACUAUAGUGUUUGAUAUCAUCACGGGAAAUAAGUUCAUAUUGUGUAAUACAAAUUGGGAUAUAUCAAACUCGAGCAACAUCCUUGGUCGAGUGACAGUAGACAUGCGACCAGCAGAAAUCAAACAUUCUGGAGCAAAGUUAAGUAACCUUAUAUCUACAGUGACUCAGUAUGAGAGGAGCAACAGCGGAAAGACUUUUUCAGAUCAUAAUACCUGGAUAAUCAUGAAAUACCCACAGAGAACUUAA